AUGUGAACUGGUGAGGCCAUGCUAAAGGUUACUUCAAAUGUUGCAUGUGCCCAUUUUGGCUCUACAAAUGUGAAUGUCCAGAAUGUGGAGAGUGGUAGUAAUUCACAGUUUGCAGACCGGACAAAUUCUGGCAGACUACGCUCUCGAUCUCUUUACAGCUCUGACGAAGCAAAACACUCAACGGGAGAGGCUGACGAGGACAGAAGCCACAUUAGACCUCGUUCAAGAUCUUUUUAUGCUUGUGACACAGAUGAUGAGGAACCAGGUCAUUUUAGCAGAAGCAAUGCUAUCAGACCAAGAACAAGAUCACUACACCGUGAGGAAGGGAAAAGAAACACUGGUGGGAUAUGUAUUUCUGCAAAGCCUCCUAUCAAAAGACCUAAAGGACACUCAAGCACAUGGGCCAAAAAGGAUCUUGCAGGAAAUAAAGGAAGUUUAAAGGGUGUACCCAUGAUUACCAUUUCUGAGGUAGAUAACUGGGAGAUAAGCUCUUCUGUCAGGAUGAAAUACGGUCAGUAUGUAGACUGGGAAAAGAUUUAUCCAGAAGCGGCCAUCCGUUAUCGGAAGAUCCUCUCGAGUGACCAUAAUGAGCUCAAAGCAAUGGGCCGUACAGGAUUCUGGUCCAUGCCUCAUACUCUCAGAGCCAAGGCUUAUCAACACAUCAUCCACAACAUCGAGAGCACAUCCACCAACACUGAUGUGGACACAUAUAAUGCCCUAGUCGGGAAGCUCUUUGGGGAAUUUCAAACAAGCACACACCCUUUCCCAAAGUUUAUGGAGGAUGGGGAAAUCCCCAGAUACUGCCUUAAUAAAGCAGGUCUGAAUUCAGUGAAAAAAAUUCUCAUCUGUAUAAAUCACCAUUUUCCUGAUGUCACCUUCUGUCCCAUCCUGUCCGCUCUGGUGUCCCUUCUCUUGCACUUUAGUGAGGAUGAAGCCCAGUGUUUCCACAGUAUGUGUUCCCUGGUGACCUACACAGACUCUAAAAAGCGUUACAUUGACCACACUUUCCUCACUUCACAUGCUUCGUGCAUGACCUUUGGUGACCUUGCCAAUAAAUACUGCAGAGGCAUCCGUAAGCUAAUAGCCAGCUCUCACCAAAACCUCUUCGAGUUCUACUCUGACUGGAUCAUGUGGAUCUUUGCCGAUCUCCCUUUUGCAUACGCUAUCAGAGUUCUGGAUGUCUAUCUAAUGGAGGGCUACAAAGUUUUGUACCGUGUAGCUCUUGCUCUUCUCAGCCUUUACAAAGUCUCUGUGUCCUCACGAGUGGCCCACGUCGAUGACUUCCGACAAGACAUGAAGAGUUUUGUGGAGAACGUGGCACGCCACAGUACGAUUGACGCACUGCUUGAGAGGGCUUUUAAAAUACAGCUGCCCACACGCAACCAACUAACUUAUCUCUUCAAUGCCAACAAGCACGCACUAAUUCAUAAGGACAUCCACAAUAAGAGUUCAUACCAAGCUAUGGAUUUUCGGAACUUCAGCUCCUCUGUAGUGACUGAAACCGAGAUGAGGGUGGUCUGGGCUUGGAUUCCAGAGCGAUUCGCUCUAUUCAGUCCUGUGCAACUAUUCAGUACAAAUGCUCAUGGCAGAAGUCUCUCCUUGUUUUAUUCCAAAGUUGAGGGGCAUGAUCCAACCGUUUUACUCUUGAAAACUGCAGAUGAAGAGAUUUGUGGGGCCUUCUUGUCUUCUGAUUGGGCACACAAGAAUUGCGAUGAAAAGGGUUUUAAGUUCUUUGGCACAGGAGAGUGCUUUGUUUUCACUCUACGACCAGGAAUGGAACGGUACCAGCGUACAGUGCUGCAGAUCUCUGGAAUGUCUGACAAAAGUGAUCAAACUCUCUCCGCUAACUCUCGAAUAAACACUCACGUGUACAGACCCAGUGCAGCCUCCCAGGACCAAAGAUACAAGUCUUCUUCCUUCUGCACAUUGUCAACAUUCAAAUUCAUGGCAGGAGAUGAUGAGACACUUUUUAUUGGUGGCGAUGGUGGCCAUGCGCUCCACCUGCAGGCUGAUCUGACAGCUGGCUAUUCUGAAAGCUGCGAUACAUUUGAGAGUCCACCACUCUGCAGGACAAGCUUCAAGAUCCAGUCUCUAGAAGUCUGUCCUGGGGGAAGAAAGACGUGGCCAAACGCAGAGGACUGUGAUAUCCUGUGCCAAUCAAGCCAUACCAUGUGAGGGCAUGUCAGAGGGGGGUUCUGGGUUUUGUUUGUUACUUUGUACUUGUGGUAUUUGUCGGCCAUUUUGUUUUCCCCUUAUGUGUAAUGUUGACUUAUGUUGAUUUGGCCAAACCACUAUGUUCCCUUGUGUCUCAUUUAGGAAGGUCAGUUUGUUUAGUUCAUAUCUUGUUUUGUUGUAUCCUGUUUUGAGUAUACUUAUAUUUUGUUGACCUCACUUACAGGCCUUGU